AUGGGUCAAGGCUUCUCCCUCGCGACGCCCUCUGUUGGCUCCGCGGGCAUCGAUAUCUCGGAACUGAGUGAUGUGCAUUAUGAAAAGAGCAUCGGGAAUGCGAGGUUUAUGAAAACUAUUCGUGGCCGUCAUGAGAAUGGGCUGGUCCUCGUCAAGGUCCUCGUCAAGCCGUACGCCGACGUUAAGUUAGAGAAGUACAAGAAACAGAUAAUUGAGCAGCAUAAAGCGAUCGCAGACGUCCCUAAUGCCCUCGGGUUCCAGCGCAUAAUCGAGACCGAAAACAACGGUUACCUGGUCCGCCAGUUCCUUUACAGCUCACUCUAUGACCGCCUCAGCACUCGACCGUUCUUGGAAGACAUCGAAAAGAAAUGGCUAGCUUUCCAGCUUCUCUGCGCCCUGCGCGAUUCUCACGCACGCGAUAUAUAUCAUGGCGAUAUCAAGGCGCAAAAUGUCCUCGUGACCUCCUGGAACUGGCUCUAUCUCUCCGACUUCUCGUCCGCUUAUAAGCCCGUUAUGCUUCCCGACGACAAUCCGGCCGACUUCUCCUACUUCUUCGACACAUCGGGUCGGCGCACAUGCUAUAUCGCACCUGAACGCUUCUAUGCAUCUGGAGAGGCGCCACCACAAAAGGCGAAGAUGACAUGGGCCAUGGACAUCUUUAGUGCGGGCUGCGUGAUUGCGCAAAUGUUCCUUGAAUCGGAGAUGUUCAGCCUUGCGCAGCUGUAUAAGUACCGGCGCGGGGAGUACGAUCCUGUUAUUACACAUUUAAGUGUCAUUGCGGAUAAGGAUGUCGCCGACAUGAUAGCACAUAUGAUACAAAUCGACCCAGAGAAACGAUACUCGGCAGAACAGUACUUGGAUUUCUGGAAAGGCAAGGUGUUUCCGCCAUACUUUUAUAAUUUCCUGCAUCAAUACAUGGGACUUAUAACCGAUCCUUCAUCCGGCAAUAGUCCCAUGUCCGGCGCCACGAAGAAUCUGGGAGAAGCAGAUGAUCGAAUCGACAGGGUGUUUUACGACUUCGACAAGAUAUCCUACUUCCUUGGCUAUCAGCUUGAGAAGCGGACCUCCGGGGAGUUGCUACCUUCUUCCAGACUGAGCCUUUCACAUUUUCCUGUGAGGCUUAAUAUACCAAACCACAACCAUACAGUAUCAUCUGACCUAGAGCCACCUGAGGACGACGGAACGUUGAUAUUCCUGACAUUAGUCGUGCCGCAAUUGAGAAAUACUGCGCGCGCAUCUUCACGGAUCCGUGCAUGUGACGUACUGCUUGCCUUCUCCGAGCGGCUAACCGACGAAGCCAAAUUGGACAGAGUACUGCCAUAUCUAAUGACCCUUCUUGUCGCAGACGAGACAGACCUAGUGUUGAUUGCUGCUAUUCGAACCAUUACCCAACUUCUGCAUCUUGUGCAGAUGGUGACACCCAUCAACUCUCAUGUUCUGGUAGAAUACGUGUUGCCUCGCAUGGAAAUAGCGCUGGGGGCUCGAUCGAGACUACCUAGUCCUUUAGUUCGAGCAGCCUAUGCUUCUUGCCUGGGAAGUCUCGCGACUACUGCACAGCGAUUCCUCAACAUGGCAUCGAGUCUUCGAGCUGAUGGCUCAAUACCCAUCGCUGAUCCGGAGGUUGAGCCUGGAGCCGAUGCUAAGGCCAACUUUGAAAGUGUCUUCGAUAACGCUGGCCGGCAGCUUUUUGAGGUUCUUGAGAGUCACACAAAGCUAUUGGUCGAAGAUCCGGACAUUUCGGUUCGUCGAGCAUUCCUGGCCUCUGUGCCUGAGUUGUGCUUGUUCUUUGACGACCAUUCCAACGACGUCCUCCUUACUCAUCUUAAUACCUACUUAAACGACCGUGACUGGACACUCAAAUGUGCCUUCUUCGAUACGAUUGUGGGCAUCGCAACUUUCAUUGGAAGCACGAGCUUGGAAGAGUUUAUGCUACCCCUGAUGAUUCAAGCCUUGACCGACCCGGAGGAGUAUGUAGUGCAAGCAGCUCUCCACUCACUUGCUCAGCUUGCUGGACUCGGUUUGCUAUCAAGACCCAAAGUUUGGGAGCUGGUCGACCUUAUUAGCCGAUUCACGAUGCAUCCCAACAUUUGGAUCCGAGAAUCAGCGGCAGAAUUCUUGUCAAUGUCAACACGGUUCCUGACACCUGCUGAUGUUCGAUGUAACUUGAUGCCUCUCGUCAAGCCAUUCCUGAAAGUGGAGGUUCUGUCAGACUUUUCCGAGCUUAACAUCCUAGAUGCGCUUAAGAGGCCAUUGGCUCGGAAUGUUUUUGAUCAGGCCAUCACAUGGGCUUUGAAGACAGAGCGCGGGGUCUACUGGAAGCCGCUGCAGCAACUCAAACCAUUAUUGUUUGGGUCCAAAGGGUCAUCAAAUCGGACGUCCCGAGAUUUAACGCAAAGCUCCAUGGGACGAGUAGCUCGAAAUGAUGAGGAUGAGCAGUGGCUGGCAAAGCUUAGGAAUCUUGGACUCAAGCAUGAGGAUGAGUUAAAAUUGGAUGCUCUACGAGAAUUCAUUUGGCGUCUAAGUAAGAUGAAGGCGCGGGAUGCUUCGACUGCAGACAGUACCGCAUCUAAUGGAGUGGUAUCACUUAAGACCCUAGGUGUCGCUCCUCAGACUGUGUUCUUCAACGACGCGCCUCUUCGCGACCCUAAGGCUGUGGUUGACCUUGAGCCACCGGCGGAGCCUUACACCAUUGCAGAUGCCCUUUUGGACGCCUCAAUGACUAUUGACGACGCGGCCGGUGGGAAAAAGAGGAUCAACACUAACCGCAGGGUACAAAGUGUUGGACCUCGCUCUUCACGCCGCCUUCUAUCACCAACUAGCGCCGGUCGGACACAUUCUAGGGCAGCAUCAUCUGGAUACACUGGGCAGAUGGGUGAUGAUGGGGCUUCUCAAGGGGAGCCAUCUUCCUCCAGAAGCGCAGUCCGUCACCAGGCGAGCGCGUUGAGCCUACUUGACCGCAAGGACAAGAAUAAGUCUAUCGCACAAACUGGCACUACCGACACUAAUGCCUUCGGUGAAGUUGAAGGGCCUUUCGCUCAAAGCCCAGCAGACCAACUGCCAUCUUCUAGAGGCAAUGAAGGGGACACCACACGUCCCCGUGUAUCGAAGCAUAGCUAUGAGGGAGGCGAUCCGAAUAUUCAGAAGAUGUUAGAUAACAUGUACGUGGAUAACUUUCCUCGCGAUGUUAUCGAGUUUGGACCUAUUGUCACGCCCAUCAAGAGGAGCAAAGCAAGCCGCGCCAGUUUCCAACCUGGAGAGGAGCCUUGGAAACCCGAUGGUCAGCUUGUCGCAACGUUCGCCGAGCACAAGAACCCUAUUAACAGGGUACUACCAUCCCCUGAUCAUGUUUUCUUCAUCACAGGCGGGGACGAUGGCACUGUGAGAGUGUGGGAUACAGCCCGGCUCGAGCGAAACAUCACUCACCGUUCACGUCAAGUUCAUAAACACGGCGACAACACACGAGUCGUUGCGCUCUGUUUUGUGGAAAACUCGCAUUGCUUUGUGAGCUGCGCGUCCGAUGGCAGUGUACAUGUGGUGAAGGUGGACACUGUUUCUGCUAGCGGUGUGAUCAGAUAUGGUAAAUUGCGUGUUCUACGCGAAUACCAACUUCCAGAUGGCGAGUUUGCUGUAUGGUGUGAACAUUUCAGACAAGAGUCAAACUCAGUCUUGAUUAUUGCUACAAAUCGGUCAAGGAUUCUUGGUAUUGAUUUGAGAACCAUGAAUCUCUUAUAUGUCCUGGAAAACCCAGUGCAUCAUGGAACACCCACUUGCUUUUGCGUGGAUCGAAAACGCAACUGGCUUUGCGUGGGAACGUCGCAUGGAGUAGUGGACCUCUGGGAUCUCCGUUUCAAGAUGAGGCUCAAGGGAUGGGGUCUACCGGGCAAGGGAUCAAUCUAUAGGCUCUGUAUACAUCCUACGAAAGGCCGUGGCAAGUGGAUUUGCAUUUCUGGAGGAACCGGCCAAGGAGAAGUCACUGUCUGGGACCUGGAGAAGACGUUAUGCCGAGAGAUCUACAGAGCUGGGGGUGGUAAGGAUGGCCUGAAGGGGUACGAAGCAUGGGAUGUCGAUGAAGACAGACGGGAUGGUAUGCUUGGACGAUAUGCUACCAAUAUUGAGCCUAGCGACACCGCGAACGGUGACCGAGGGGUUCGUGCCAUGGUUGUUGGAACCGCUACUGCGGAAGAUUCGAGGGAUGUGAGACACGCAUUCAUUGUCACUGGCGGUUCAGACAAGAGGCUGCGGUUUUGGGAUCUUUCACGGAUGGAGAGCUCGUUCAUCUACAGUGGCCUCUCUCCGGAAUCGCCCAAGCCGACUUACACAACCUCACAUCCCACAACGGCGCUGACGCUGAACACUGAACGGUUCCCCAGGCAGGCACCGACAGCUCCUAAUGCGGGCGCCGGGUCCAAGGCGAAGUCUUCUAGUGCGCGACCGCCACGAUCAACUGUUAUUUCUCUCCAACAGCAGCAGUUGCUGCAGUCCCAUAUGGAUUCUAUUUUAGACGUGGCGUUGUUGGAGUACCCAUACACUAUGAGCGUUUCGGUGGAUAGGAUGGGUGUUGUGUUUGUGUUUCAGUAG